AUGGCCACCGUGGCCACGGCGACCACGCCCGCUCCUCCUAUAAAGCCCCAGACGGGCACCCUAGGGUUUCCCUCUACCCUCUCCGUGCCGCCGCCGCCACCUAGUAGGUCCAAGCCACGCCACGCCACCAUAGCCAUCGCCCCCUUCCACCAGAGAGCUUCCGAAGCACUCCCAUGGCUCUGCCGCAGCCACAGCCUCCUCCGUCGUUGUCCUCGCUCAUGGUUGGCUCACCGAUGGCGUAUUCAUCGACUACAAGCAUGCCAGGAGCCAGAUGUUGACACGGGCGACGCGAUCGUCUUCUUCCACGACAUCCUCUUCUUCGUCUACUUCGUCUUCUUCACGGAGCAGAGAAACAUCAAGUUCAGCGAGCUCCCUCGUCGUCUCCGUCAUCUCUCCAUCCGAUCUGUCUUCGCAAGCACCCCCAUGGUGAGCAGCCGCUCCUCCAUGCCUCGUAACCCUAUUGGUUUCCUCGCCGUAUAUCAGUGUCCUUCUCGUGUCCGAAGACCAGUCGCCGCGCUCUCGUCAUGCGGAUGA